GACCUGCGUCACUUCCGCUCAAGGGGGCGGCGCCACGGCUGCUGCUAGCCUGGGCCAAGCGUGCGCUGCCGCCGGGAUGGAGGCGCGGCGGCGGAGCGGGGAGAGCAGCAGCGGCAGCAGCAGCAAAGGGCUGCGCUUUGCGGAGGAGCAGCUGGCGCGCCACGGCUGGAGGAGAGGUCAAGGACUUGGCAAGCGAGAGAACGGGAUUUCGGAAGCCCUGAAAGUCAAAGUGAAGUGUGGCACAGCCGGGGUGGGUCACAACUCGGCGGAGCAGUUCACCUUCCACUGGUGGGACCAUCUCUUCAACGCAUCGGCUGCCAACAUCGCUGUCGAGGCGGGUCAGGAUGGCGUCAAGGUGAAACAGGUCUCCGGGCAGGACAGUGCGAUAACCAACCAAAAGCCUCGUAAAGCGCAAGGGGCCAAGAAUAUGCUGUAUGGCCGCUUCGUGAAGGCAGCCACGCUGACGGCCAGUGGGGAGGAACUGCUGGAGCCGCCUUCCUGUUCCGGCAGCAGCAGCAGCAGCAGCAGCAGCGAAGAGGAUGAAGACGAGAAGCUGGACCUGUCCACGGCCAGGAGGCUGACCGAUGAAGAGCUGGUCCGAGCCUGCGGGGGACGCACGGCCCACAAGGGAGCCCGGCAUGGCUUGAUGAUGAGUGCCAAGUUGGCCCGCUUGGAAGAGCAGGAGAAGGCUUUCUUGGCCAGCCGCAGCCGCCAGGAGGAGGAGGAGGAGCUGGAGCAGCUGGCCUCUGCCUCGGAGAAGGGCCGCCUGGCUGGGAGACGGAAGGAAGCCAAGAAGCAGAAGCAGCAGCAGUGCCACGCGGAGCGGGGAGGCCUUGAGGCUGGGCUCGGCGAGGGGGCGAGGAAGAAGAGGAAGAGGAAGCAGCAGCAGCAGCAGGAGGAGGAACUGCUGGGGGAGAGUGCCGAGCUGCCGGACCCACGGACUGACCGGGGCAGCUGUGGGGGGAAGCGGCGGAAAGCAAAGCGGAAACAGCGGAAGGCAGAAUGAAGGGGGCUCUGCUCUGGGCCUCCCCGGGCGCCUGCCUUGCAGGGGGCCAAGCAGCAGAGCCCCCGCCUGGGUUUUUGCCAAGGAAGGGUGCCUUCCGGGUGUGGCUCCCCCCUCUUGAUGGAGGGCCGGGCAUCCCCAAUAAAGGAGUGCUGGGAAAGGCCGGA